CAAUUCAUUUUAAAUGCUUAGUAAUGAUUGGUUACUGAUUUUAAUAUUCUUGUUUUAUUCAACUAUGGUUGUCCUUGAGAACUCAGGGUCAUAACAGGUCAUUGAAUGACAUAUAGCAUAUUAAAGAUACAGUGUUAUCUGUCUUCACCAAUAAAUUAAGAAAUAUUUGAUAAUUUUUAUACAACCACAAAAAUUGUAUAACAUCACACACAUAAGAUGAAGUGGGUAAUAUUUGGCAUUAUAUUGAUAAUAUGGAAUUACGUAACAUCUGGUCAAGAUAUUGUAUUUCCUGAUGAUGAAGAGACAUCUCAUGUCAGUGGCAACAAUGCAACGAUAACAGAACGUAUUCCAGUAUUUGUACCAGAUCGGUGUCCCAAAAAUAUGCUCCUUUAUCCUGGAGAAGGAAAUAAUAGUGCAUGGGUAUGCGAUUGUAGACCCAGAUUUCUAUAUUUUCCAUUAAGCGAUAGUUGCCAUGAAGCUUAUAGACAGGGACCUUGCGCACCACGAAAUUAUGUAAUACUUCCUCAAAAUGAGGCAGUACCAAAAUGUGUAAACAAUCCUUGCUUGGAAGAUGGAUUAGUACCAUACAAUGAUACUUGUUAUCCAUUAAGAACUAUGGGUGGUCCUUGUGCUCCUGAUGGAGUGUUAGGUGUAAAUGAGACUACUUUUGAAUUGAAAUGUAUACCAGUAGAUGUUGCACCAUUUAUAAUAAUUCAAGUACCUAAACGGCCACAAUGUCCUGUGGGAAGUCGUAGAAAUGCUCUUGGAAUGUGCAGGGAAAUAAUUUGAUUUUUUGUAUAUAAGAAAAGUUUCUUGCAAAGAGCUAUAUGUUCAUUUAGUUGUUUCAGUACAAUCAACAAAUAUAUUACGAUUUGAAUAUAUUAUGAGAAUAUAUAAUAUACAUAUUUACAAAAUAUAUUUCUUAACUAAUUAAGUAAGUUUGUUUAUAACACGAAGUUCUUAAUUUAUGUACAUGUGAUAAUUGUAUACUUUUAUCUUUGUUGGGUUUAACAUUUCUUUAUGUAAAUUAUUUAAAUGAAUCCACAAAAAUAUAAUACAACAAUAAAAUACGUUAUAUUUUAA